AUGGCAGCCGCAGCACAGCCCGGCUCCAGCAGUGUGUCCUUGGCGUCCGGCUGCACCAUCCGGUACCGACGGACGGAGCCGAUUCAGGUACCCUACCGAGGGGGAAGGAGCCCGGGGCUGUCGGGCCCGGCCCGGUCGCUGCUGCGGGGCGCCGGGCCGGGCCGUGUUCCGGGGCCGGCCCCGCGCAGGCGCGGCGGGGCGGGGCGGGCGGCGCUCUGGCCUCCCCGCGGCCACCGUCGGAGCGCCGGGUUGCGGGAGCGAGCGGCGCGGGAGGUACUGCAGCCAGCCGGUAAGGGCAGCCAGCCGGUAAGGGCCGCCCGCCCCCCGACCCGACCAGGCCGCGCCCCUCGGACACCGAGUCGGGGCUGGCCCUGCCCCGCCGCGCCCCUGUCCCCCCAGCCCAGGGCUGGCUGUGCUGCCCUCCCGUCUCUGUCGAGACUCCGGUCCCGGGGCCCCGUCCUUGUCUCGGGAGCCUCAGCUCCUCUCUCCCGUUUCUCCUCCGCCGGCCGGCUGGCGGCGGGCGGGGAGCGGCCGGGGAUCUCAGCUGUGUGA